AUGUCUUCCGGCCGGAGGAGGGAACAAGGUAGCAGUCCCGAUCAACCGGAUUCCGGUGACUCUUCUCACUUCUCUCCCAGUCAAGGCGAUGUUCCUCUGCAGCCCUUAACACGAGGCAGCUCCUCCGUUUCCGUUCGAGUCCCAGACCCUCAGGCAGGGUCCUCCUCCGAUCAGCCCCAUCCGCCCUCCCUUAACAACGACCUAUUCCCCGAGGACGCCGCCCUCGCCGUCGCCGACCCCUACGACUCCCAGAGCUCCUCCUGCACCAACCAUGAGCUAUACACCCCGAGCCUCUCCCUCAGUUGCGACAGUCCCUCAAACGUUUCCGCGAGACCCGACCUACCGAUGCCUCUCCGGUCCCCCUUCCUCCGGUCCGGCCAGCCGCACCCCAUCUCGUACGGGUCGGUAGUGCCGAGUCCGAGUCGAGAGAUUUCGCCCAUGGGCAGUGAUGCGGAAGCCGCUAACUCCCAUGCCCUUAACAACGUCUCCGAGAACGGUACUACACUCGCACGACGUCCGUCGCUAUCUGGGCCGCCACAAGGCUCGCCUCCACUAUCCCGCGCACUGGACAGUGCAGUUCUAGUUACGGGCAUGGACGGCCGAUUCGCCGUCCCCGAUGCAGCUGUCUCCACGGGCAUUCUCGAGGAUGCUAAGUCGACGUACGGCAGCAGCGCUGCGAAUACCUCCUAUGCCGAGACCGGUAGUGAAAUGGAGGAGUUGGAUGGCACCAUUGAGAAUGAAGAGGAAGACGAAGACCUGAAUCCGAUCGAUAACUCCUCCCACGAUGCCGUGCGCGCCUCUGUUUCGCCCAUAGACAAUACUACUUUGUCCAUAAAUACCCCUAGGAUGUGGGCCCUCUCCAUCCUAUUCUCUUUCCUCGGAUCCUCUACAAAUCUCUUCUUCUCCCUCAGAUACCCAAGCGUUGCUAUAACCCCAGUUAUUGCUUUAUUAUUAGUACACCCCCUAGGUCAUAUAUGGGAUUAUCUCCUGAAACGAGAUGGUGACCCCGUCGAUGAGUUCGUGGACGGAGUACGGCGGGGCAGCAUAUUGAACUCUCCCGAGGAUAUCAGCCAUAGGAAUCGAUCGAGAUGGGAAAGGUUGCGGUUAUGGCUCGCCCAAGGCCGUUGGAACGAGAAGGAGCACACCUGCGUAUACGUCAGUAGCAAUGUCGCAUUCGGCUUCGCUUUCGCUACGGAUGUCAUCGUCGAGCAGCAUAAGUUCUAUGGGCAGGACGUAACGAUCAUGUAUCAGCUGCUCCUAAUUAUAUCGACCCAGAUGCUAGGCUACACCUUUGCCGGCAUAACGAGACGCUUCCUCGUCCGACCCAGCGGAAUGAUCUGGCCCGCGACGCUCAUGUCGGCGGCCAUGUUUUCAACUCUCCAUAAAGAGGACAAUAAGCCAGCUAACGGAUGGACGAUAAGCCGGUGGCAGUUCUUUCUAGUCGUGUGGCUCUCUGCUUUCCUCUUCUAUUUCUUACCGGGGCUCCUAUUUCCAGCUCUGAGCUACUUUAAUGUUCUCACGUGGUUCGCGCCCGACAACGUGGUCGUCGCCAACCUUUUCGGCGUCGUUUCCGGCUUGGGCCUGUUCCCCGUGACAUUCGACUGGGCUCAGGUCACUUAUAUCGGCUCCCCUUUGCUCGUUCCCUUCUGGGCUGCGGUGAACGUCGUGGGUGGCUUGGCGAUCGUUAUGUGGAUUAUCGCUCCACUGGCAUACUACAGCAACGUCUAUUUUUCCUCAUACAUGCCCAUCCUCUCCGCCUCCGUCUUUGACAACAAGGGCAAGAUCUACGACGUCACGAAAAUUUUGACGCCGGAUUUCCUCUUUGACCGUGAGGCGUACAGCAAUUACAGUCGGGUAUUCCUCCCCAUCACCUAUGUUUUGAGCUAUGGUGUCCAGUUUGCCGGCCUUGCGGCUCUCUUGACGCACACAUUUUGCUGGUAUGGCAAGGAUAUGUGGAUGACGUGGAAGAAUGCCCUUAAAGAAGCCAAGGAAGGCGACAAGCCUGUGUACCAACCUAUCCCCGGCUCAACCGAUAAUAUUUCUGGAGGGUCUGGGAGUGCUACGCCUCGCGAGGGGCUUUCGAGAACUACGACGGGGACUUUCGAGGGUAUGCUCGGCAAGGAGGACGUGCAUAAUCGGUUGAUGAAGAGGUACAAAGAUGCGCCACUUAGCUGGUACCUCAUGACGUUUGCGUCCAUGACGGCUAUUGGCAUCUUUAUCGUCGAAUAUUACCCUAUUCAUCUGCCGUGGUAUGGAUUGCUCCUAGCGCUCGGCAUUUGCGCCAUCUUCUUCAUCCCGAACGGCAUCAUCAUGGCCGUCACGAACCAACAUAGCAGCAUUUACCUAAUCUGCCAGCUGGUCUGCGGAAGCGUUUUCCCCGGUCGACCCAUCGCCAACAUGGUCUUCGUAACCUACGGAUACAUCUCAUCCGCGCAGGGUAUCAAGUUCGCCUCCGAUCUAAAACUCGGCCACUACAUGAAGAUCCCGCCCCGAAUCCUCUUCAUGGUCCAGAUGGUGGCCACGCUAGUCUCGUCGUUCACCCAGAUCGGCGUCUUAAACUGGAUGUUCGCCAACGUCCACGGCCUCUGCACGCCGGAAGCCAUCAACGGGUUCACGUGCCCCCUAGCCAGGGUCCACUUCAACGGCUCCAUCCUCUGGGGCGUCGUUGGGCCGGGGGAGUUCUUUGGCCCCAACGCCCUGUACAGGUCGCUGGUCUGGUUCUUCCUGAUCGGCGCCAUCCUCCCCAUCCCGCUCUGGCUUUAUAGCCGGAACAAGAAACACAGCAUCCUGAGGAAGGUUAACUUCCCCGUCAUCUUCGGAACCAUGAGCUGGAUCCCACCCGCCACGGGCCUCAACUUUUCCGUGUGGGCCCUCGUCUGCUUCGUCUUCAACUACCUCAUCAAGAGGCGCGCGAACGCCUGGUGGUCGAAGUAUACUAUGACACUGAGCGCCGCGCUCGACUCGGGUCUGGCGUUCGGCAUUGUAGUCGUCUUCUUCGGGUUUAUCUAUCCCGGGUGGACGAAGGGAUUUAAGUGGUGGGGCACCGAGGUGUAUAAGCAGGGAUGUGACUGGAGGGCCUGCCCUUACCAGGACGUUCCUGAAGGAGGGAGGUUUGGUCCCGAUACAUGGUAA